AUGGAGUCACCAUUCAAUGCAGAUAUAUUGAAAGGCAAAGUAGCUUUGGGGACAGGAGGAGGCUCCGGAAUUGGAUACGAGAUCUCAUUGCAACUAGGGAAACAUGGCGCUUCUAUUGCCAUCAUAGGACGACGCAAACAUGUUCUUGACUCUGCUGUUGCUGCUCUUGAUCAUUCCCAUGGCAUCCCUGUAAUAUAUUCCUUUUUCUUCGUUGCAAUUCUACUCUAUAGCCUCUUAAUAGCUAUUGGACUUGAGGGAGAUGUUAGAAAAAAGGAUGAUGCAACUAGAACUGUGCAGUCAACUUUUAAGCAUUUUGGCAGGCUUGACAUCCUUGUGAAUUUCCUUGCGCCUGCUGAGGAUUUAUCUCCCAAAGGAUUUCGAACAGGCUCCUCUUGUGUUCGAGAUGCUGAGUUUCUUAAGUCAGUCCUAUGA